AUGUUCUCCUUUCUAACGGCUAAUAAUUUCAUUGAACAAAAGAUUCAGAAAGGCUUCACUUCCAAUUUGUCUGGCACUUUGGAACACACAGCUCAAAUGACAAACAUUAUCAACCAAGCGAGAAUAAAACAACGCUCUGUUGUCAUCAUCCUUCUUGGCCUUAAAAACGCCUUUGGUGAAGUGCAUCAUAAUCUCAUUCAAUCUGUCCUCGAUUAUCAUCAUAUUCCCAAACAGAUUAAUGAAAUUAUCAAGAGCUUGUAUACUGACUUCAAGACCACAAUUAUAACUGCCGAAUUCUCUACCCCAUUCAUAACUGUUGGCCGAGGUGUACUUCAAGGAGACUGUCUUAGUCCUUUACUUUUUAAAAUGUGUUUGAACACCUUUAUUCAGCACAUUAAAGCUGAUAAAUACCGGCAAUUUGGUUUCAUGACCAAAUUUUUAAAUCCAAUCCAUUGGUUCCAGUUUGCUGACGAUGCAGCCGUUAUUAGCGGCCAAGAGAGCGAAAAUUAG